AUGCGCUAUGGAUCAGUGGUUGGAGAAGGUAUAAAUAGGCGUAGUCGCAACGAGGAGAACAACGUGCACGACAACCCAUCUUCAAGAUUUCCCUUCAUUCAUUCAUUCUACCUACUAUACAUAUUAUCCAAACCACAAUCGCUUCUCCAACCAACAAAAAUGCAGCCCUCCACUUUCCUCAUAGCCGCCGCGGCCAUGCUCUCCAGCACCACCACAGCGCAAACACCUCCGGGCUACCAACCCUCCUCAUCCAGUCCCCUCUCCGUAUCCUACACCAACACUACCGUAACCCCAGGCAUGGCUCUCUCACUGCCAGCCUCCCGCUCCGCCCCAUCCCUCACCUUCCCCCCAACAGCCUCCCUCGUCAUAAUGCUCGACCUCGACGCGCCCUACGCAGAUCUAAACCGCACCGCCUCCCCGCUCUGCCACUGGAUCAAGACCCCUUCCUCCGAACCAGUAGCGUACCUCCCUCCCAACCCGCCCGCGGGCUCCGCCCCCCAUCGCUACGUCUUUCUCGCGUACGGGCUGCCCGCGAACAACGGCAACGGAACAUUUGUGCUGCCCGAGGGCUUCCAGGAUCUGAACGCCACUGUGAUGGAGAGGAUUGUGUUUGAUUUGGAGGGGUUCGAGACGGCUGCUGGGUUGGUUGGGCCCGUGGGUGCUACGUGGGUUAGUGUUGCGCCGCCGCAGAACUCGACCGGGCCUGCGAAUGGGAGUGCGCCGGGUCAGUUUGAGGGAGGUGCUGAGCGCGGGUUUUCGAUGUCGUUGGUUGGGAUUGUGGGGAUGGUUGCGAUGAGUGCUUUCAUGGUUUUGUAGAGUU